AUGACACCAGUGUCUAGUCUGAUGACACCAGUGUCUAGUCUGUUGACACCAGUGUCUAGUCUGUUGACACCAGUGUCUAGUCUGAUGACACCAGUGUCUAGUCUGUUGACACCAGUGUCUAGUCUGUUGACACCAGUGUCUAGUCUGAUGACACCAGUGUCUAGUCUGAUGACACCAGUGUCUAGUCUGAUGACACCAGUGUCUAGUCUGAUGACACCAGUGUCUAGUCUGAUGACACCAGUGUCUAGUCUGAUGACACCAGUGUCUAGUCUGAUGACACCAGUGUCUAGUCUGAUGACACCAGUGUCUAGUCUGAUGACACCAGUGUCUAGUCUGUUGACACCAGUGUCUAGUCUGUUGACACCAGUGUCUAGUCUGUUGACACCAGUGUCUAGUCUGUUGACACCAGUGUCUAGUCUGUUGACACCGUGUCUAGUCUGUUGA